CAGUAUCGAGGUAGGCUAGGAAACGAGACGAGAUAAGAUGGCACCUACCCCUCUGCUCUCAGCGGACGACAAGGUCAAAGUCAAGAAAGCGAUACCUACUUCUGGGUCAAGUAACAAGAUCGUCACUGCCGCAGUGGCCAGGGUGUAUACCGCCAAGGAAGGAGCUAGGACAUGGACAUACGCCAAUGCGGAAGGAGCUUUGGUGUUCUGUGCUGAUAAGUCGAAAGGGGGAUUAUGGUUUCGAGUGGUGGAUCUUUCGAGCUCCAGAGGGGUGAUAUGGGAACACGAAUUACCCAACGAGAUCGAAUACAAUCAAGAAAAACCUUUCUUCCAUUCAUGGCAAGGAGAUUCCACCAGUAUAGCCUUCGUCUUUGCUUCUGAAGCUGAAGCUGGGGACUUUUACAAGAAAGUCGCCAAUAGGUCAAAAUACGCCACAAAGGUGAAAGAAGAGAAGAAGGAGAAAGAGAAAACGCCCACAAAGAAGAAGAAGGGCGGUAAAAUCGACAAAUCGCAGAUCUCUGGACCGUCCGCUGGCUCAUUCAAACAUCUCGCUCAUAUGGGAUAUGACGCCGAAAAGGGAUUCUCAUCCGUUGGCGUUGACCCAUCAUGGCAAGCGCUCCUAGAACAGCUUUCGGCAAAGGGGAUCAGUGCCAAGGAUAUACAGAAGAAUGAGAAGUUUAUCAAAGAUUUUGUCGAGCAACAAGGAGGUAUACAAAAGGCCACCGCCACGGCUCGUAAGCCUCCUCCACCGCCUGCACCUACGUCCCGACGCAAAGCUGCUCCACCUCCUCCAGCCUCCAGAGCUCGUCCGACUUCGGUCGUAACUUCUCCUCCGCCCCCUCCGCCUCCACCCCCACCCCCGUCAUUACCACCCUCUCGAUCCCAUCCGUCUUCCACUCCCUCUGCGCCCCCACCACCACCCUCCGCACCCCCCCGCGCGACGCCGAGUGCUCCUCCACCUCCCGCUCCACCCCGCGCGACACCCGGUCCACCUCCGCCUCCGCCUCCACCGCCACCUCCCUCCGGUGGUCGUAUACCCCCUCCUCCCCCUAGAGCCCCUCCUGUCGCUUCUGGACCUCCCCCUCCCCCUCCCCCAUCUCCACCACAAGCCUCGUCACCCUCAGCACCGGCGGGGAGAUCUGCACUUCUGGCCAGUAUCCAAGGUCAAGGCAUUCACGCUCUCAGGAAGGUCGAUCCGGACCAACAACACGUCUCUCCUCUCGCUGGAGGAUCAGCCGUCGCGGCAGGAGCAGGUGCGGCCGUGGUAGGUGCCGGAGCGGCUGCGGCGGUGGCUUCUGCUGCUGGACCCGAAGAUGGACCCGAUCUAGCUAGUAGUCUGGCUGCCGCUCUGGCACGGAGGAAGGGUGAUUUAGGGGAUAGUGAUGAAGAAGAGGAGAGCGAAGGGGAAUGGGAUUGA